CGGAGCCAAAACUUCGAGGGGAUUUUGAUGCGCAUCACUCCCAUCGCAGGCGCGCCAAUCUCGAUUGCUGUCCACAGAGGCCCCUCGCAGUAUUUCGAUCCUUUCUAAUUCCAUUCCUGUAGCCUCUUCCGACUAUCCAACUCUUCCGCCAUGUCUCCCAAGGGCAACGUCACGACCCGGUUGAACCCGCUCCGUUUGAACACCAUCAACCACCUCCGUGUCCGCCGACCGAAUCAAAAUGAGCAAAACGCCUGCGUUACGGUCAUGUCCUCCAUGCUGAACUGCUGGGCCUCUCAAGGAUACGGCCACGAAGGCUGUGCCGGCCUCGAGGCGCAAUUGCGCAAGUGCAUGGAUGCACCCAAAUCACAAGAGAAGAAGAAGAACACUGUCAACUACCAUCUGAUGAGAAUGUACCCCAAGGUGGUGGGACCGCGCAAGAAGGACGGUGUUUUGGGUUAAAUGUUCGGUCUUCGGUGUGGACACUACGGCAUGGGACGUCCGUGUCGUGCCAUUUAUCGAAAUCUUCAUACGGGAGUUUUGGGAUCACACAUACCUUGCGAGGCUCGGUGUAAGCGGAAGUGCUAAUGUCAGGCUCGAGUAAGACUCUUGAUAUUGGCGUUCGCUGCACUGGUGACGGCCAUGUUGUCCGAGGUGAUACGGGAGUUGGUCUUGUUCUUUUGCGCAUCUGUACAGUACUUAUACCUACGUGGAACGUGGCAUUGCCUUUGAA